CUCUUUUCAAACAAAGGUGCAGAGAGAAAGAUUCCUUUUUUAUACCUGUUGUUCUACUUCCUCUUCCUUCCUUUAAUUCUUUUCUUCCUUUGCACAUUCUUCACUUUCCAGUUUCCAUUGAUACAAAGUUCCAGCUUUUAUCCAGAAGAGCUCCUCGAACCAAACGAAUUAAGGUUCAGAAGGUCAAGAAUCCGCGUUUUGUCUCUCUUUUAUUCUCCUUGCAAAACGGCGAUUUUGGAGAUCGGAACUCAGAACAACAAAAAACAAUUAAUGGAAAACCCAUUGGAUGCAAGCUAGAGAUGGGAUCUUCAAAACACAAUUUUUUUUUUUUUUUUUUUCUAAUGGUUGUCUCACGUGUCCUGCUUUAAAUACCCCAACUGUCGAUUUCGGUUUCGUCUUCGAUUUUUCUCUAUUAAUCUCUCCUGUUUUCUGAGCUUGGAGUUGUGAAAGGAAGCAUGAAGAGUGGCUGAAACUUGAUUGUAGUUUCUGAAUUGGUUGCUGAAUUGAAGAUCUUGAUUGGUGGGUUAACAGAAGUUUGAGGAAUUAAGAGGAGAGGGAAAAGAUGGAUAAGUACGAGCUUGUGAGAGAUAUUGGGUCUGGGAAUUUUGGUGUGGCGAGGCUUAUGAGGAACAAGGAAACCAGAGAACUUGUCGCCAUGAAAUGCAUCGAGCGUGGACAGAAGAUCGAUGAGAAUGUGGCGAGAGAGAUCAUAAACCACAGAUCGCUUCGACACCCGAACAUAAUUCGAUUCAAGGAGGUUGUCUUGACACCGACCCAUCUCGCCAUCGUCAUGGAAUAUGCCGCAGGUGGAGAGCUCUUCGAACGAAUCUGCACGGCUGGAAGAUUCAGUGAGGAUGAGGCCAGAUAUUUCUUUCAGCAGCUUAUCUCCGGUGUCAGUUUCUGUCAUUCAAUGCAAAUCUGCCAUCGAGACUUGAAGCUGGAGAAUACUCUGUUGGAUGGAAGCGCAGCUCCUCGCCUGAAAAUAUGUGAUUUCGGUUACUCCAAGUCGUCUUUGCUGCAUUCAAGACCCAAAUCGACUGUCGGAACGCCGGCAUAUAUAGCUCCGGAGGUUCUUUCCCGGCGAGAGUACGACGGCAAGAUGGCAGAUGUCUGGUCAUGUGGAGUCACUCUCUAUGUCAUGUUGGUUGGAGCUUAUCCUUUUGAAGACCAAGAAGACCCCAAAAAUUUCAGGAAAACUAUUGGAAGGAUAAUGGCUGUUCAAUACAAAAUCCCAGACUAUGUUCACGUAUCUCAAGAUUGCAAGCACCUUCUUUCUCGUAUAUUUGUCGCAAACGCAAGCAAGAGGAUUACCAUUAAGGAAAUCAAGAGCCAUCCAUGGUUCUUAAAGAACUUGCCAAGGGAGCUGACAGAAACUGCUCAAGCCAUCUAUUAUCAAAGAGACAGCCCAAACAACCCAAGCUAUUCCCCCCAAACUGUAGAGGAAGUAAUGAAAAUUGUGGGAGAAGCAAGGACACCACCUCCAGCCUCUAGGUCUAUUGGGGGCUUUGGCUGGGGCGGUGAGGAAGAUGAAGAGGAUGGCAAGGCAGAAGAGGAAGAUGAAGAUGAGGAAGAAGAUGAAUAUGACAAAAGAGUUAAGCAGGUUCAUGCUAGUGGAGAAUUUCCAAUCAGUUAAAAAGGACCAUGCUAUCUUUUCUUUGUUAUUAGCAAAAUCUUAAUUUGAUUUUGGGAUUUUCCAUAGAUUAGGAUGCUUCAAUGUGUGCAAAAAGUUAUAUACUACUGCUUCAAUCUUCAGGGUUCAAAUGAUUGUAAACAGCAAAUAUUGUCCUAUUAAGAGGUCUAUGUAUUAACUUCAUGAGUUUGGUGCAGAGCAUAUAAUCAAAGUAAAUUUAGUAUGUCA